CUUGGGUGGAAUAAUUACGGAAUAGGUGGCACGCAACCCAGUACAACAGUCUCGAAGUACAUUUGUUUACAUAUUGAAAUGGCGUUUCAUAUCUAAUCUAGAACUGAUUGAUGCCAGGUUUAAACUGUGUUCCAUGAAAUAGGUGGAACUAUUUGUAUGUUUCUAAUGUAUGGGGGCAGAAUAGGCGGUUGCACUUCUUUUUUGUGAUUGGUUUUUCAGACGUGCCCUUCUUUAAAUCGACGGCGGAAGGAUUAUCGAGAAAUUAAAAGAUUCAUUGCAAGAUGUCCACUGAAGUCGAGUUUUUGCGUGAUCAAGUCCAAAGGCUGAACUCUGCCUUGAGUCACUAUCAGGAUAGGCACCGCUCUCAAGCCACAUCACCACCACAGGGUGAAGAGGAGACACACACAGAGACCUCAGCCCCCUGGCUGUCAGACCAGAGUAUAAUGGCUCCUCUCCUAUCAGAGUAUGACCGUCACAUGGAUGACAUGACUGAACAACUGCAGAGCUACCAGAUGCAGAUGACUGCCAUCAGACUGAAGCUGGACACGGUGGUCAAGGAGAAUGAACGGCUGCAUGCCGAGCUGAGGGAGUCCGUAGAGAGGCAGCUGCAGACCCUCCCAGUCAGUACAGGACCAGGGGUGGAGGGGGACACACUGGGGGACGAGGGGCUCAUCAGCAACCUUCGAGAACAGAUCCAGCUCUCUGUACAGGAGCGAGACCAGGCCAUGGAGCUGUGGCAGGCCUCAGCCCAGGAGCUGGACCGUUUACAGCAGCUCUACCAGAUAACCACCUCUGACGGACAGCUCCAUGUUGCCGAGCAACAGCGCCUCAAGGAUCAACUGAUCCAAUUCCAGCAGCACAUCCAGAAACUCCAAGUCACCAAUCAGAAACUGGAAUCUACCAACCAGCAGUUCCUGAAGACGCUGACAGAACAGAGCACUGAGAUGGAGGAGCUACGCAACCAGCUCAGAUCGGCCAAAGCAGAUCUGAGGAUGGCCACAGCCAAGGUGGAGGAGAUGACCAAGCUGAUGCAGAACAUCCAGGACCAGAUACAGAGACGGGAGGACGAUGCAGCAGAGGCUCAUGGUAGGGAGGAGGCCUCAGAUCGAAGACUCCACCAUCUCCAGUCAGCCCUCAGUCAGCUGGAGGCCAGGUUGAAGGCAGCUAGUCAGGAGGCAGAGAGUGUACGCAGGGAGCAGGUGGUGUGGGAGAGGCAGGUGGGGGAGUUGCAGGUGCGCUGUGCCUCUCUGGAGGAGGAGCGCUACGAGGCCUUCUCCAAGGUCAGAGACUCCAUCCAGCUGGCUGAGGAGGCCUCUCUACAGAAGGACCAGGCCCUGUUGAGAGAGAAACAGAAAUCUGAGGAGCUGGACAAGAUGAAUGAAGCCAUCAGACAACUGAUCCAGGAUGCUGCCAUACGCACCAGGAAAGAGGUGGAGAAUGUGCGUAAACAGUGCAACUCACAGAUCCAUCGGAUGGCUGAGGAGUUGUCAGCUCUACAACUGGAGUGUGCAGAUAAAGAGUCUCAGAUGGAGAGGUCCCUGAGAGAGAUGAGGGCAGUGGAGGAGGAACUGGAGAAG